GUACAUACAGCACAGGCUGCAGUCUCCUCCUCUGACGGGCGGACCCGGAACAGACCGAGAGCAGCGGCCGAGCAGAGGAGUCCGCCACACCGGGACCAUGGAGGACGGGCUGGCGGAGGAGCUGGAGCUGGAGAAGAGCAUCCGCCGCCUUCGAGAGAAAUUUCAUGGCAAGAUCCCGAUAGAGAAGGCCAUGUCUCUGAUGAGAAAAUGGGCCAACAAUCAUGACCAGGUGACCAAUUUGAUCCUUCUGUGCAGGCAUGAAACUAAUGAUGUGGACCAAGGCAACAGAAACAGGCCAACAGAAGGCAAUGCUACACCGGAGGAUAUGCGCUCCGACAGGGAAAUAAAGAACCUGGCUGAAACAUUAAAUUGUUUGCCUCUGACUGAAGAAAAUCUUAGGAUGUUUAACAAUGCCUCCGAAAACCGAAUUCCCUCUAGUGACAGACAGUUCUCAUGCAAAGACUGUGACAAGAUGUGGUGGAGACGAGUUCCCGAGAGGAAGGAGGUGUCAAAAUGUCACAGCUGUCGUCGAAAAUUUGACCCUAUUCCAUAUGACAAGAUGUGGGGGAUUGCGGAGUUCCACUGCCUUAACUGCAGACGCACGUUCAAGGGAUUUUCACAAAUGGGGCUUUCGUGCCCGUGUUACAUGUGUGGCAAUCCAGUCACACCUAAUCGAAUACUCCCUCCACGGAGGAAUAAUGGCCCACGAACCCGAAACCCUCACAGCUGCUUCGCUGAAAAUUGUUAUAAUCGAAGAGAGCCCUACAUUCCUGGCCACCAGUGUAUCCAUCCCCGGAGCAGGGCCAGAAAUAACUCUCCCAAAGUCCUAUAUGCCAGCAUGCUGCACCUGAGCACAGGAUCCACGGUGGCUACAUGCCUCAGCCAGGGCAGCCUGACCCAGUGUGAUCUCGAUGAUCUCAUUCUGGAUGACAUACGGGAGUCUGACGAAGACGGGAGUGACAGUAACGACAGCUAGAAUCGAGAUGCAAUGUCCAAGUGCCAUCAGGAAUUUCCAUAUGCACCGUAGAGCCCUCUCCUGGGACAUAUGUCACGUCACCUAAAAGCAUCUACAUUCCUAUUUUCAAAGGAAUGACAAUUCCCAAUAUAUACUUGAUGUUGGAACUACUCCUUUUUUCAAGAAGGAAUUUUCUAAUAAUAAAGCAGGGAAGCCAGUGGGUCCUUCAAGGGGUUUCUAGUUGUUGGCAUAUCACUAGGAUUGAUGAGAAUCUGACUGCUUGCUAGAGUAAAGGGUCUUCUACGGGGAAGAGCGGCCACUUCCUUCUUGUGACUGGUGAGGACCAAUGCAGUCAGAAGCCCACCAAUCACUAAAGGAUGGCAUAUUGCCCAGAUGUGCCAUCACUUGAUAUGACCUGAAUACCCUCGCCAACAGAGUUGUUGUUGUAUGAUGGCCUGUGCUUGCCACUAUAAGCAGAAUACAGGCUG